AUGCGCAUCAAAGAUGUGGGCUUGAAGAAAAACAGGCUCCUCUACAUCAACGUCAGCGGUGCAGCAGGCGUUUGGUUUGCAUUGGCGCUGCUGAGUUAUGCGCGUGGCUGGCCACGAUGCGCGCGUCUGCUGAUCCUGUACGUACUUUUUCCAUUUGCCUCGUGGGCCGUGCUCUGCUGGAUCUUUAAGAGAUCCAAGGAUGAGCGGUAUGACUUCCCGUACAGGAACCAGCACAGCUAUCUCUACAUGAAGUAUGUGUGGCCGGCCGAGCUGCAUCCACCUACGCGGACAAUCAAGGGACCGUUGAUUUUCUGCAUUGUUCCGCACGGAGUCUUACCGUUUGGUAUUGACUAUGCUAUGAUAGAUAAGCUUGGCGGCAACCGCUGCAGCUGGGUGGCUGCUCCCAUUCUCUUCAAGCUGCCCUUCAUCCGCUCGUAUCUAAAACGGGCCGGUGUCAUGCCAGCCAAAGCCCAGAACAUCCGCGCAACGCUGGCGCGGUCUGAAAAUGUUGCUGUAGUGCUGGAUGGAGUGGCUGGCAUCUUCCAGCCAAGAGCAGACAAGCAAGAAGCUGCGUGGCUUCUGCAGCGCAAGGGCAUUGUGAAGAUGGCGCUUGAGACUGGCGCUUCCCUGGUCCCAAUCUAUGGCUUUGGCCACACAUCGCUCUUGAGCCCCAUCCUGGUCUUUGGUUCCCUUCGUCGGGCGCUGGGGGUGGCCCAUGGGAGCGAUCCGAAGCAGUAUGAGAUAGACUUGUACCACACGCUCUUGCUGGACAGCUUUAAGGACACCUUCAACAAGCACAAAGCUGCAUAUGGGUGGCCUCACAAGAAUCUGAUGAUCGUUUAA